GAGUGGGCGGGAGCUGCGAUGUAAACAGCAUCUGCUCUGCUAAGCUAAGAUAAGCUAGCGAACUGUUCCCUACCUCUUCCGUCCCCCCGGACCUUGGACCCGGACCUCGGACAUCGGACCCCCUGUUCCGGGUUUAGAUGGCCUCCCUCGCGCUGCGCUGCUCCGCUUCCUGGCGCCUCGUCACGUCACGCCUCCUCAGAGUCUCCAGCGUUCCGAGUGGGAAGCUUCACACCUCGGCCAUGAAGGGUGCGACCGUGCAGCAGUUUGAGACAGCGAAGAACAAACUGUCGACGCUGCAGAACGACCCGGGAAACCGAGUGAAGCUGCAGAUCUACGCUCUGUUCAAACAGGCCACUCAGGGACCCUGCACCACGUCCAGUCCCGGCAUGCUGGACUUUGUCAACAGGGCCAAAUGGGACGCAUGGAAAGCUCUGGGCUCCAUCUCACAGGAGGAAGCCAGGCAGCAGUACUGCGACCUGAUUGGUUCCCUGGUGGGGGCGGAGCCUCCGAGCACUGACGCGGUGGCCGCACAGCCUGCUGGGAGCACGACAAUGUACAAGACGCUUUUGGUCACUACAGAGGACAACAUCACCACCAUCAAGAUGAACCGGCCGGCAAAGAAAAACGCCAUCACCACAGAGAUGUACAACGAGAUCAUUGCAGCUCUGGAGCAGGCGGCGACAGACGACUCCGUCCUCACUGUGUUCACCGGUGCUGGCGACUUCUACUGCAGCGGAAACGACCUGAACAACUUUGUGCUCGGGGACGGAGGCGUGGAGGAGAAGGCCCGUCAGGGGGCGGAACUGCUCAGGAAGUACGUGAGGGCGUACAUCGGCUUUCCCAAACCGCUGGUCGCCGUGGUGAACGGUCCGGCGGUAGGAAUCUCUGUCACCUUGUUGGGACUGUUUGAUCUGGUCUACGCCUCGGAGCGGGCCACGUUCCACACUCCGUUCAGUCAGCUGGGACAGAGUCCUGAAGGCUGCUCCUCCUACACCUUCCCCUCGCUGAUGGGCCCUGCCAAGGCCAGUGAGAUGCUGUUGUUCAAUAAGAAGGUCACGGCAGCUCAGGCCUGUGAACUUCGUCUGGUCACAGAGGUUUUCCCAGAGAGCAGCUUCCAGACGGAGGUUUGGACCCGACUGAAGGCGUACGCCAAGCUGCCCCCCAACUCUCUGGCGUUGUCCAGGCAGCUGAUCCGCUCCGUGGAGAAGCAGCGUCUCUACGACGUGAACGACUUAGAGGUGGAAUGUCUGAGAGGUCGCUGGGUGUCAGACGAGUGCGCCGCCGCCAUCAUGAGCUUCUUCCAGGCCAAGGCCAAGCUGUGACGGGGGAGGGGGAGGGGGGAGGGAACAGCUGAUUCAGGUUGUUGUUGUUGUUGUUGAAAGUGUCAGAACAUUAAUCUGCAGAGAAACUAACAGUCAUUGAACCUCAGUGUCUGGUCGACAGCUGCGUCCAGCAAGGUUAGUUCACUUUAGUCAAAGUAACACACAGUAACACACAGUAACACACUGUUACACACAGUAACACACAGUAACACACAGUAACACAGUUACACAGUCCAGUCCACGCCGACCGCAGGACACCCUCACGUUGACUGUGAUCACAUGAAGGAAACGUCUGGUCCGUCUGAACCUCGUGGCUGGUCAAAGUUCCUUGAACGCACCACAACUCUUCUUCUUCAUGUCAAACUCUUCUUCAUGGUGUCUCUUUAAUAAAAGCAGUUUGUGAGUGAA